CUGGGACAACUCUGCACUUCUCUCUGCUUCUGCAACGCCCACCCUUCAUUCCUCUACCCCUCUUCCAAACUCACACACACACACACACCGUUUCGAGUUCGGACUCUGUUGUUGCUGCAUUGGAUCGGCGCAGGUGCUUGUACAUCCUCUCACUGCACCACUGGGUCUGUGUCCGAGAACUGGAAUAAUCUUUUAUAAGGCAAGACAAGAACAAGAUAACGGCUGCAGUUUACAGUCUCGUAAAAGGAGGACAAACGGGGGAGGGAAAGCAACCAGAGGGGCAAAGAAAUGACAGGAGAGAGAUGAAGAGAAGGUAUGCACUGAAGAUGUGUGAAGCUGCUCCAUUGUACUGUACACUGCUGCUGCUGCUGCUGCUUUUAGCCAGGUGCAUCAAUGCAGCAUGUCCCUCAGUAUGUUCCUGCAGUGAAAGCAAUAGAGAAGUAGACUGCUCCUGGAGAGGACUGAGAACCCUCCCCAGUGGCUUUGAGCUCAACAUCCACUUUCUCAAUCUGUCCCACAACCGUCUAGCUGACCUGGACCAUGUCCUGGCACCCUACACCCACCUCCGCACCUUGGAUGUCUCUCACAACCGACUUUCCCAUAUGCCUGCCUUGUUGCCCCGCUCUCUGUGGGAGAUUUAUGCCUCAGGCAACCGCAUCCGCCUUCUGGAAAAGAAUAACACGGCUUACCACUGGAACCUGCGUCUACUGGAUUUGUCUGCAAACAGGUUAGAGCGGGUUGUGUUCAUCAACAAUACACUACCAAGCCUGCAGGCUCUCAACCUUAGCUGCAACAAGUUCUGGACGGUGCCUACUAACAUGCCCCGAAACUUGGAGAUGGUGGAUCUUUCGCACAAUACACUGGUACAGAUCCUGCCUGGGUCACUAGACCGCCUACCCAGGCUAUCACGGUUCUACCUACAUGCAAAUCGCUUUUCCACAGUGUGUGAAGGUGCCUUUGAACAACUCCAUGGAUUAAAACUUAUCACACUAGAAGACAACCCUUGGGCCUGUGAUGACGUCUCCAGCAUCAAGUAUCUGCUGGACUGGGCCAGGCACACUUCAGCCCGUGUGCUGGGUUGCCCGUGUCACACAGGGUCAAUCUGUGGUGAUGCUCAGCUGGCGAGGGUGACAUCUGGGUGGUACUUUGCUUCCUACACACUUGCGCCACGUGGCAGAGCGGGAUGGGAGUUCAAUCGUCUCCUAUCUGGGGUGACUACCCACUACAUGUCUGAAGAUGUGCUCACUGGCUCUCAGCACACAAGGAAGACUCCUAAACUCUCCAGUUAUCUGGAUGACAAUGAGGAAUCUUUUAGGCAUGGUUUUCUUUUGACCUCCACUUCAGAAAGUCUUUCUGCUACAAGCCUACAUAUCCCCACCGAUACGCCGGUCACCGGGGAUAUCCACACUACUGGUGGAGUCUCCACUUCAAGCACACGCAGGACAACCACUCUUCGCACCAGGAGUGUCCGGAGAACCAAUCAGAAGCUUGGCAAAAACUCAAGCUCAGAAAACAGAGCUUGUUUAUUGUUCACCGUCUCGCUAAAUGUGCUCUUUCUGAUAACUACUGACCAGGUCAUGUAAGACACCUAUAUAAGAUUUACUUCCAUCAUGAUCUAUGUAAAAGUUCAAACAUAUCUCAUCCAUUGCAUUUUCAAUAAUCUCCAUGCUCUGUAACUGCUCCUGACUUCAAUAUUAUUCAUCUUACAAAUGAACUGUUUGUAUAUUAUUUAUUUGAAAAGGAGAAGUAAGAUUGUGGGUGGGUACAAAUGGAGUCUUGCACUAAAUCACAUUGACCACAUGAAAUCUUUUAGCACUUAGUCUUAGCAAUAGGUUUAAUCCAAGUCUAUAAAACUGACCUGCAUUUACCAAUGGAGAAGACACUCUACUAAAAGCAAUACAGACUUACAUCAAGACAAGGUUUACUUCAUCUUUAUCGUGAAAAAGCUUUUGCUUUUUUUGGGAUCCGUGAUUUUGCAUUGCAAGUGAGUGCAACUCCCAUUUCAUUGGUGUGUUGCAGUCGUGUCUUACUCACACACGCCAUUGGUGUCCAAUCCCAGUUAUAAGCUGUACUUAACCCGAUGCGGUUGUAACAGUGUGAAAUGGAAGAGGGGCAUAACUGAAAUUCUAUUUCACCAUCAUCUUUGCUUUUUAGCUUCAUUGUUUCUUCCCUAAAACCUAAAAUGUCUAAGCUUUUCAGAAUUACUACAGAAAGUAAAGGUUUCGCUCAUUAAACUGCUUGUGUAUUGCAUUUCCCAUUUUCCCAUUGUGGUUGAUUAUCUUCCUGGCAGGGAAUCUUCUCCAUAUUUACAAUCUGCUACAAAUUAAAAAAAAAUCACUGUAUCUUAGCUUUGCUUGUCUGAUAAUGACUAGCACUUGGAUGAACAGUAGUAGCACAGCUGCUUUGGUUGUAUUGGUGCUGAAGAUUAAAUGCAGAUGGUUUUUACAUUUGUGACACUGGAGAUAUGUGUGUUUAUUUACUGAAACAUAAUCUCGUAUAGUUGGGUGCGUAUGCUGACCCAGCUGAGACAGUAUUUAUGACAGAAAACAAAAACAAGGCCCUGGAUUUAAAAGUAAAAUGUUUUGUAUAUCUACCAGUUCCACUUUCUGCAAAAGCACCAGCAGAGGAAGGAACCAAAAACAAAUUAGUUUACUUCUGAUGUGCAAAUUAUUUGCACACGGUGACCUCUGAAUGGUGUGUUGAUUGAUUUGACCCCUACACAUUAUUAUUAUAUCAUGAUUCUAUCUUUUAGCUUUUGUGGAGGAAAAACUAAUGAGGGAGUCAUCAGGGAGUUCCUCACAGCAGUGUGGCUAAUACACAACGGUCUGAGAGACAUCAGCCUUCUUUAGCAAAUAAGCAACCUUCACAGCACCCUGGAGUGCCGUCAUCGCUGACCAAGUUGAAACGUGACGUCAACACGACGUGGGCGAAGAUAUUUGUGUCUAUAAUUUGGCUAGGUUCCUGCUUUUGGCGAAUUUCUGGGUUCUUCAUUAAGAUGAUGCACAUCUCCUGCAUGUAUUUUAGAUAUUACUUGAUUUUUCACAAAACACAAACGGAACAUAAUCUGAAGGAAACAGCAUCUGUUUUUUUUGCUGUCAAAUGGAGCAUAGAAAGAAAGAGACCAUUCUAACAGGAAAUAAAAAUAAAGUCUAACUGGGAUAUGAUAUGGUUUUUGAAGACAGGAAAAGUGUAUUUAACGGUUUGCCACACAAAUAGUUUUAGUUUGUCCUAGUCAUUAAUUACAUCAGUCAUUAAAAAAAUGGUUUAAGCUAACAAUAUGGUUUCUGCCGUCAUUACUGAGCUUUUUAUAAAAAAUAGCACUUGAUCCAGCACAUAAUAUUAUCAUUUACACUGCU